CGGGCAUCAUUCGAAGCGCUCGCUUGCUACGACAAUUCGGGGUCCCAGCCUCCGGGAGACAGUGCAGCUGGGAGGCUGAAGGUGUAACGAUUCACACCAAAGUGGCCUGGGGCCCCUCCGACUCUUGGGACCCUGUUGCAGUUGCACCGCCUGCACACUCAACGAGCACUCCGCUGCUUCAGUGCUGGAGUGUGGCACCAGACGGCGGUUUGCGAUGCAGGACUCGGGGGGUGCUGAGUCGCUAGGCAACAGUGCGGCCAAUCAGGCGCGGGCCAACGGGCGGAGCGGCCAAUCGGAGGGCGGCGGAGGAGAGGGGCAACCGUCGUCAGGGGAAGUUAGCGCGGCUGACCUCCUGCACCUCCAGCAACAGUUGCAGGCCAUUCAAGCUGCCAGGCUCUAUCUUCAGCAGCAGCAACAGCAUCAGCAGCAGCAACAACAACAACAACAAGUGCAGUCGAAGAACAGUUCCAAAACAUCUACGGCCAACGACAAGCAGCAAGCCACCGUACUACAGGUACCGGUUGCCAUGAUGACCCCGCAGGUCUUCAGUGUGCAGCAGAUACAGCAGCUCCUGCAGCAGCAGCAGCAGCAGCAACAGCAGAGCCUGACAAUGCCCCAACAGCUGCAGGCCGCACUUCACAAGCAACAGCAGCAGGCCAUCGCGCUGCAACAGCAACAGCUGCAGGAGUUUUACAAGAAGCAGCAGGAGCAAGCCCAGCUGCAGCUGUUGCAGCAGCAGCAGCAUGUCCAGCAACAGGCGCACGUGCAGCAGCAGGCCCAGCAGCAGGUGGCCAGCAAGGCGCAAAAGGAGAUGUCCUGUCGGGGCGGUUCAGAAAGUAACAACAGCAAACUAAACAAAAACACGACAGGAGGGCAAAGUAUAGGAAAGCUGAUGGCCCAGCAGCUGGCCUUCCAGCAACUGCUUCAGCUCCAGCAGAUCCAGCAGCUGCAGCAGAUCCAGUCUCUACAGAGGCAGGGGCUGCUGUCCCUGCAACCCAGCCAGGGAGCCAACAUCCCCCUCCAGGCUCUGCAGCAAGGCCUAGUGUCGGCCGAGCUGUGGAAGGAGCUGGUGGCGAUUCAGGGUGCGCAGGCCGGUGGGGGUGGCCACGGCGGCCCGGCGCAGGCGGACGAAGGCCCCACGCUCGCCAACGGCCGCCCCGAGAUGCCCGGCUUGGGGGCCAUGCGGCCCACGCCCAGCCCUCUCCGCUCGCCGCUCACCAACGGGCAAGGCCAGACGGCGGCGCACGGCAAGGACGGCUCGCUGAGCGACGACUCGCCGGGCCACCCGCUCUACCGCCACGGCGUGUGCAAGUGGCCGGGCUGCGAGGCCCUCUGCGAGGAGUACUCCCAGUUCCUGCAGCACCUGCACAGCGAGCACGGCUUGGACGACCGGAGCGCCGCCCAGUGUCGCGUGCAGAUGCAGGUGGUGCACCAGCUGGAGAUACAGCUGGAGAAGGAGAGGGAAAUUUUGGAGGCGAUGAUGUCCCAUCUUCACGUCUCCAAGUCUCAGUCGAAGAGCUGCAUCCAGCCGCUGAACCUGGCGCGGUCGGUCCCCGAGACGCCGCCGCGGAGCAAGACGCUGGCGCCGCACACGCCGCCCACGCCCUGCGGUCCGCCGGCGGCCCUCGCCGUCCUCUCGGCGUCGUCGGCGGCCUUGUCGGCACCGCCCCCCCUGGCUCCGCUGCCCCCGCCGCCGCGGCUCUCCGUGUCGCCGGGCUCCGGCAUGGGGGUGGUGCAGGGGCUCACCGUGCUCACGCAGAGCACCAUGCAGGCCAUGCAGGCCGUGGGGCCCAUCCGGCGCCGCAACCUCGACAAGUUCGGCUGCCUCUCGAGCGAAAUAGCGCAGAACCAGGAGUUUUACAGGAACGCGGAGGUGAGACCUCCCUUCACGUACGCCUCUCUCAUCCGGCAGGCCAUCAUAGAGAACCCCGACCGGCAGCUCACGUUAAAUGAAAUCUACACUUGGUUUACGACGACCUUCGCCUACUUCCGCACCAACACGGCCACUUGGAAGAACGCCAUCCGCACCAAUCUGUCGAAGCACCCAUGCUUCGUGCGGACAGAGGUGGGAGCCGGUUCCGUUUGGACCUACCGGGGCACCGACAGCAACAGGAAACCGUCCGGCAGGGCUCUGAGGAAAUACCUCCUCCAGAGCCCCACGCUGCUGAAGAGCGCGCCCGGCGGCCUCGACAACGGCUCCUUGCUGAGCUCCGGCCUCCAGGCGUUGGGCGAAGGCAACCUCGCGUACCUCGCGCGGCACGGCCUCGUCAACCCGGCCACGGCGGCAAUGCUGGCACAGGCGGCCGAGCGUGCCCAGGCCGACCUCAACGGCAGCCGCGAGUCCGGCCCAGACAGCUCCGCUCGCAGCCCCUCGUGGUCCCCGCGGUCCCACGUGUACAUCAAGGAGGAGCCCAUGUACAUGCAGCAGGACGACGACUACCCCAGGGAGCGAGAGGUGGAGUUCGAUGACGACGAUGAGGUGGAGCGGGAGGCGGAUUUGGAAGAGGAGGAGGAGGAUGUGGAGGAGGAGGAGGCAGCGGCGGCGGUGGCGGAGUUUGAGCAAGGCCCCCUGUCGCUCGUCACAACGUCCGGGGGGUGCCGCUCCCCCGAGCCCCCCGAAGCCCAGGGCUACUGCGACGACAUCACGGAAGAUGACGACGAGGUAGACGAAGAAGAAGAAGAAGGAGGAGAAGAAGGAGGAGAAGAAGGAGGAGACAGGAUGAUCGGGGGCGAAGUCAUCGAAGCGUCGGUGCCGCAUUUUCACGGUCACGGAGCGUAUGCCGCCCAGUGAUGGCAUCGUUUCCGGUGCUUUGGGCCGGGGGUUUAAAAAAAAAUUUUUUUUUGCAUUUUUUACAAGUUGUACGACGACGACGUUUUCUACCGCCGGAACGAACGUUUGCCUCGCGUGGCCAUCGUCCCGCUCGCCGCUUGCGGGGACAAAGACAAUGAAAGGAAAAAUGACGAUAGCUCGACGCAAAAAAGCAAAAAAAAUAGGAGAAAAGAAAGCGAACGUGGGGCUUUUUGUUUCUUUCACGAAAAAAAUUUGCAAGAAAAAUCCGGCGAGCCCUUUUUUUGUUUGGGGUAGGGGGGAGGCACUCCGCGGUGCGGAUUUUUGACGCGGCCGUCGCGUUCCCCCACCACCCGACGCCCCCCCCCCCCCCCCCCCCCCCCCUUGUCGCGAGUUUCCGUGACGAAGCGAACGCUCGCGAGUGAAGGGAGAAAGCCGUGCUUGUGGCCGGCUCGGAUGUUGGUACGUCUCACGUCAAUGCUGGAUGCUCGGACUUAUUUUUUAAAAUUAAUUUAGACACACACGCGCACACAAAUAGGCCUUUACCUGUAUUGGACUGGUAUGCAUUAGUUUCUAACAAAAAAAAAGAUAUUUUUUUAAAAUGGUAAAGAGAAAAAAAAAGUCUUUUAAAAAUCUGACCGAUAGUAAUCGUGUUCGUACAUUGUAACGUUUCGGUUGGACAGAAUACUACUUCGAUACCUUUACAAUACCACUGCCUUAAAAAUGAGUCUCAAGGGCAUUGGUGCCUGUUCGUCUCCACUAUGUAUGUUCAUCAUCCACCGCUCAGCGUUUUCUCAAACGCGACUGCGUCAGCAAUAAUGCCGUUGCAGAGGUCCAUCGCUCGUAGCUGGGGGCGCAGAAGCGGCCGAGUUGGCGGGAGGGUUUUGUAUAAAACGCCCUUCAAUGCUGACGUCGCACCGCCCCAAUGGAACGGCAGGGUCACGCGUCCCUGUGAGCAGGUUCACGCGGUAAAAAAAUGUACGGCGUUCGGAUGGUUUCUGAUGCAGCAAAAAAAAAUGUAUCGGCCGUGGGUUGGCAGCUCCCAAAAGCCGCAACAGAAACGUGUCGUCACGAUGACCUCGGUGUGAUCAAACAGAGCGGCAGUUUCAAACUAAACGUCUACAAACGUCGGAUCGGGUAUUCACCCCCGAGUCUUCAUCAUCCGUUGCGUGGCGAGUUGCACACUGCAGUCAGCGCACUGCAUUAAACACACGUUCGUCGUCCUUCAUUGUUUUAGCUAAUCUUUUUAAAAAGGCAGUACAGGUGCAACCCUGCAAUUGCUCACUCACGCCACUGCUGAUGGAGAGACCUCCACCUGGAGGGAACGCUUAGACGGUAUUUGGCCUAGUCUUCCACACUGGUCAGACAUCUUGGAAAAGGUGGACGUUACCCACACUUUAUCCCAACACAUGCAACUUGUCGAUUUAAAUCCUUGAAAUUAUCGAUUUUUUUAAUUCGGACCUCAAUGAUAUAUUUUUUUUACGCUGAUGUGAGUGUGAUGUCGCAGUGGCUCAUUUAAUCAUGAAUCGGGAAUUGCAACAGCAAACAAAACCGUACCGUGCGUUCAAGAUUGUGGUUCGUGAUCAAUUUCUGUCGAAUGCACUAUAUACGGUAUAAUUGCUUAAUCGCUAAAGCUUUGAAAGAGGCCAAACUAUGAACAUUAGCUUACCUUUAAAUGCCCCAAAA